AUGGCGGCUGGCGGCGUGACAACAUCUCCUGGGGUUCUGGACGAGCUCCACAGCAGCAAUCUGGACAACAUCAUUAUGGAGAUGCUCUCAUGGCGUGAUCAAAGGAAAGCAACAAGGGCUGCAAGACCUGGAGAUGUUUCUAAGUUAAGAAACAGAAAACAACAGGGUAAAAGAAUUCAGUCAAGAACCAGUGUGUCUCAAAGAUCCAAACAACACAAGGAGUCCUUUUCGGUGUUUGUAGAUGGAUUGGGAGAUAGGAUGACGCUUCAGAAAUUAAGAGCAAUUUUUGAGAAGGCAGGGAGGCUUCGGGAUGCGUUCAUUCAGCAUAAAAAAAGAUUUCAACGGCGUUCCCGAUUUGGAUUCUUGCGCUUUUCUAGUGAUGAAGAGGCAUGGAAGGCCAUUCGCAUGUUCCAUGGCUUGCGACUAGACAAUGAGGUGAUCUUGGAAUUUGAAAGUAAGGAAGAGAUGGAUGACAUAAUUGCAAAGUGUAGUUUCUUUUUGGAGCAGAAAUUAUAUGACGUCAAACCUUGCACUGUGCUUUCCUUUGGCGUGGCACAACUUGUCUGGAUUCGUCUAUGGCAGGUUCCGUUGGGUUUGUGGAAUGAAUCUUUAUUCACCUCUGUUGGAAAUAGGCUAGGGGCUUAUGUGUUGUCUGAUUCCGCAACCUUGUCGUGA